UUUGCCACAAUGCUGGGAACCUUUCCUGGCUCAUCUUUUCUUUCUGGAAGAGACCGAGUUGGUGCCAAGCAUUGGAAAGAUGCUGGGUGCUUCCUUGCCUCAGACCUCUCUCCGAACCUCAAGGGAGUCAUGACUUUUGAAGACAUUGCUGUGUAUUUUACGGAGGAGGAGUGGGCGCUGCUGGAUCCAGGCCAAAGGGCUCUCCACAGGGAAGUCAUGGAGGAGAAUUUAAUCAAUCUGGUCACUCUCGCUACUGAUAGGAGAGAGGGGAGGACUGAGGAAGAAGAGGGAGGCGUAUCCAUGGGAACGGUCUCUGAUAAGCAGUGGAAGUAUUAUCUCGAACAUCAGAAGAGCAUCAGUAGCAGAACGAACCUUAGCUUCUUUUGUAAGUUCUACACGCCCGAGAAGCCUUUGGAAUGUGGAAAGGAUUUCAUUCACAGCACAUUCGGUAAUUAUGAUAUGAGAAUCCACAAUGAGGAGACACAGUUUAAAUGCACUGAAUGUGAGAAAUGUUUCCGUUCGGGCUCAGACCUCGCUACGCAUAAGAAAAUCCACACAGGAGAGAAACCCUUUCAAUGCUUGGAAUGUGGAAAGAGCUUCAGUCAGAGGGCAAACCGUGCUUCCCAUAUGAAAAUCCACACAGGGGAGAAACCCUUUAAAUGCCUUGAAUGUGGGAAGGGCUUCUGUCAGAGGGCAAAUCUUGUUUCCCAUAUGAAAAUCCACACAGGGGAGAAACCCUUUAAAUGCCUCAACUGUGGGAAGAGCUUCAGACAAAGCAUACACCUGGCUUCCCAUAUGGGGAUCCACAAUGGAGAGAAACCAUUUAAAUGUUUUCAGUGUGGAAAAAGCUUCAGCCAGAGCAUACACCUUGCAUCCCAUAAGAGAACUCACACUGGUGAGAAACCAUUUCAAUGUGCUGAAUGUGGAAAGAGCUUCAGUGUUAGAAGCACCCUUAAUUCCCAUCAAAGAAUCCACACUGGGGAGAAACCCUUUAAAUGCUUGGAAUGUGGGAAGCGCUUCAGUCACAGCACAACCCUUGUUUCCCACAAGAGAAUCCACACCAGGGAGAAACCCUUUAAAUGUGCGGAAUGUGGAAGGAGCUUCAGUCAGAGCAGAAACCUUGCUUCCCACAAGAGAACCCACACGGGAGAGAAGCCCUUUAAAUGUGUGGAAUGUGGAAGCACGUUCAAUCAGAGGAAAGACCUCACUUCCCAUAUCAGGAUCCACACCGGAGAGAAACCAUUUCAGUGUUUGGAAUGUGGGAAAAGCUUCAGUUUGAAUGUAAACCUUGCUUCCCACAAGAGAACCCACAUGGGAGAGAAGCCCUUUAAAUGUGUGGAAUGUGGAAGCACGUUCAAUCAGAGGAAAGACCUCACUUCCCAUAUCAGGAUCCACACCGGAGAGAAACCAUUUCAGUGUUUGGAAUGUGGGAAAAGCUUCAGUUUGAAUGCGCAUCUUUCUUCCCAUAGGAGGGUCCACACUGGGGAAAAACCAUUUAAGUGCUUAGAAUGUGGGAAAAGCUUCAGCCACAGCUCGACCCUGAAAUGUCACGUGAGAAUCCACACAGGAGAGAAGCCUUUUCAGUGCCUGGAAUGUGGAAAGCGCUUCAGUCAAAGCACCCACUUUGCAACCCAUAUGAGAAUCCACACAGGAGAGAAGCCUUUUCAGUGCCUGGAAUGUGGAAGGAAUUUCAGUCAGAGCACACAUCUUACAUCCCAUAAAACCAUUCAUGCUGGGGGGAAGCCAUUUAAAUGCUGGGGAUGUGGAAAGAGCUUCAGCCGUAAAAGGAGUCUUUGCUCCCAUGAAAGAAGCCACCUGGAGGGGGCGCCAUCCAGAUGUGCAAAAUCUGGAAGUGAUUUUAAUUCGACAACACACCCUGCUUCCCAUGGAAGUACCCCCAGAGGUGGUCACACUCCUCUCUGAUCCUGAUGCUACACCUCCAUAUGUCCUGUCAUGUAGCUAUUAAAAUCAUAGUUUUGCCACUUGGACAAAUGUGUUCUUUAAGACUCUUCGGUGAUUUCCUCUCUUCUUGAUUUGCUGCCACCAGCCUUUCACUGCCCCUUUUCCCCUUCACUGAGACCUCUCUAAUUCCCUGUGUUGGGUAUGGUGCUCAGCCCCACUCAGUUUGAGUAGAAUAAAUAAGG